AUGCCGGUGAUGAAAGGGCUCCUGGCCCCUCAGAACACCUUUCUCGACACCAUCGCCAAACGCUUUGAUGGGACGCACAGUAACUUCCUGCUGGGGAAUGCUCAGGGGAGUCGCGGAUACCCCAUCGUGUACUGUUCAGACGGCUUCUGCGAGCUCACAGGCUUUGCGCGCACUGAGGUAAUGAAGAAGACGUGCACAUGUCAGUUUCUGCAUGGACAGGAAACAAGCGAGAGAGUCACUCAGCAGGUGGAGAAAACCUUGGAAGGACAGAGAGAGUUCCAGACAGAGGUCUGCUAUUACAGGAAGAACGGUACUACUUUCUGGUGUCUGCUGGACAUUGUCCCUAUUAAAAAUGAGAAAGGAGAAGUGGUCCUUUUUCUCCUGUCCUUCAAAAACAUCACUGACUCGUAUGGUAAAUCCCAUUUGGGCUCCAGCACAGAAGAGGACAGACGUCACGGCAGGAAAGUGGGUCGAACUCACCUGAGUCAAGCUCGAGAGCGUGGCCGCAACGUCCUGUACCACUUGACCUGCCAGUUCACUAAUAGGAGCAAACGAAAGCUGCCAAAUAAUGUGUUUUCACAGCCAACUCUCCCCGAAUACAAGGUGGCGUCGGUGCAGAAAUCUCGCUUCAUUUUGCUUCAUUACAGCGUGUGCAAGGCCAUGUGGGAUUGGUUGAUCCUCCUUGCCACAUUUUACGUGGCUGUCACCGUCCCCUACAACGUCUGCUUCUCCACCCCAGACGACAGCCAACUCGACAGCCCGGAUUGCGACUCCAGCUCCAGGACCACCAUCGUCAGUGAUAUAGCUGUGGAGAUGCUCUUCAUCCUCGAUAUUAUACUGAAUUUCCGAACCACUUAUGUUGGCCCUGCGGGUCAGGUGGUUUAUGAUACUCGCUCGAUUUGUUUGCACUACUGUACUACCUGGUUCAUCCUGGACCUCAUCGCUGCUCUGCCCUUUGACCUGCUCUAUUUAUUCAACAUCUCAGUGACAUCACUGGUGCACUUAUUAAAGACGGUGCGUUUGCUGCGUCUCCUGCGUCUGCUGCAGAAGCUGGAUGGCUAUUCUCAGUACAGCGCUGUGGUCCUGACCCUGCUGAUGUCCGUGUUUGCCCUCCUGGCACACUGGUUGGCAUGUGUCUGGUAUGUCAUUGGACGCCAAGAGCUUGCCAGCAACGACCCCCUGACCUGGGAUAUCGGCUGGCUGCAGGAGCUGGGCAAGCGUCUGGAGACUCCAUACACGAAUGGUACAGUUGGCGGGCCGUCUCUGCGCAGCGCCUACAUCGCUUCGCUCUACUUCACAUUGAGCAGUCUGACUAGCGUCGGCUUCGGAAACGUCUGUGCCAACACAGAUGCCGAGAAGAUCUUCUCCAUCUGCACCAUGCUCAUCGGGGCUCUGAUGCAUGCGGUGGUGUUUGGAAACGUGACCGCCAUCAUCCAGCGCAUGUACUCUCGCCGUUCUCUCUACCACACGCGCAUGAAGGACCUGAAGGACUUUAUCCGUGUGCAUCGCCUGCCGCAGCAGCUCAAGCAGCGCAUGCUGGAGUACUUCCAAACCACUUGGUCUGUCAACAAUGGCAUCAACGCCAACGAGCUUUUGCAUGACUUCCCGGACGAGCUGCGGGCAGACAUCGCCAUGCACCUGAAUAAAGACAUUCUGCAGCUGCCACUCUUCUCCUCUGCCAGUAGAGGGUGUCUGCGUUCACUCUCUCUGCACAUUAAAACCUCCUUCUGCGCUCCUGGAGAAUACCUCAUACGGCACGGGGACGCUCUGCAUGCCCAACACUUUGUCUGCUCGGGGUCAUUGGAGGUUCUGAAGGACGGCAUGGUGCUGGCCAUACUGGGUAAAGGAGACCUGGUUGGUGCGGAUCUGCCUGGGAAGGAUCAGGUGAUCAAAGCUAAUGCGGAUGUGAAGGCCCUGACUUACUGUGACUUACAGUACAUCAGUGUUCGAGCGCUGCAGGAGGUUCUGGAGCUUUACCCUGAAUACGGCAGCCGCUUCAAUGAGGACAUUCACCACAACCUCACCUACAACCUCAGAGAAGGCCAGGCCAGAUUCUCCCGCUCAACUCGACUGGCACAGGAAAAAUUUGACGAGUGCAAGCUGCCAUUUAUCGUGGAGACCGAACAAGAGGACGACACUGGGCAGGAUUUAGGCAGGAGACCCCUGCUCUCUGGCUUCAGCUGCCCUUCAUCUCAGUCCAAUCUGAGUGCCAUGCUAGGGGAGGAGUUUCGGCACCACAACAUGCUCCGUUUCUGCAGAUCGCCCGUCCAGAGCUCUCGCAUACAGAGUCCUCAAAUACCACUCCACGAGGAGCAGACGACGGCUUCAGCUCCUGUCCCAAAAACAGACAAGAUCUCCUGCAACAGACCAGCCAAACUGCUUAUUCCCACUCUCAACUGCGUCAGCCCGCUGGACCUGAGCCCUCGGGUCGUCGAUGGCAUUGAGGAUAAUGAACAUGCCUUUCACUUUAAUGUUGAGCACAGUGAAUCUCCUAACACGGAGGUCAAGGACCCAUUUCAGGUUGGAGCAAACCUUCUCCUCGAGACCGAGGAGGUCAGACAGAGCCUCCGUCAACUCAAUACUGAGAUGAACCACCUGAAUCAGGAAGUGACCUCGCUGACCAAGGAGCUUCACGAAAUGAUGCAGUUCCUACACGCGCACGUGACCCAACCACACUUCCCGUCCUCUUUCACCCCCUUCGCAUGUCACACAUCAUCCAACUGCACCAGCGUGGCCACUUCAACCACCGACUGGCCGUCUAGGCUGUCCUACAGCAUGCCUUCGGGUCCUUGCCUUCAGGCGGAGCCUUCCCGCAGAGACUCAUUCACACCCAGACACUCAUGCAUUUGCAGCGGGAGCCAUCCCCAGGAAAGAGGCUCCAUCCUCGGACAGGAAGGUGAUUUAGAGCUCCUCAAUCAAGCCCAAAUCCCUCACUCAACAUAUUUCCCAUGCUGCCCCGACCAGGAAAGAGUUGCAACGUUGGGUGUGGAGAAUCAAGCAAGCCCAUAUCAGACUUCUAACACCACACCAAACUCUCCUUAUCUAGGACACCGUCCUCCUCACGCUGCCUUGACAUCAUCUUUCCCAUCCAGUGGUUUGGUUCCUCAGGUUAGAAGUGCAGUCGCCCCGAGUAAUGCGUUGCCUACGAGCGCUCAUAACAUCCAAAGUCAAUCGCAUGGGUCCCUAAACGUUCAGAUGAUCUCUGAAAUGCACCCCAGGGCAACACCUACACCCAUCCAUUUAUCGGUUACGCCGACCGGUCCACCUCAGCCUCUCAUUUCGGUCAGUUCCAUUAUGCAUUCUGGGAUUUGUAGUUCCAGCUUGCUACAUUUCCCCGCAGGCCAGAGACAGAACGACCUGGUGGGAUCAAGUCCGGUUCACACGCUUGAAAACAUUGUGGUAUCCACUGAAAAUAAUUCAGCACCUGUUGAGGAGCAAAACACAGUCGCUCAGUAG